CAGAUGCCGUCAUAACCCAAGCAGAAGAAACUCAACACAUGAUUUUUAGAUGAAAUAGUUAAAUGAUGAUUUUAAAUAAAAUUUAUUUAUUGAGUCUUUUUUGCUUAGGAAUGUGUUACCUGAACCGACGCCUGUGGAAGUGUUAGUCGAAAUCACUAUACAGGAUAUUUCUGAUAUUUCGGCCAUUACCGGAACGUUCGUGAUGGAUUUCUGGAUAAGUGCGAUUUGGAUGGAUAGACGAUUGGCCUUCCAGCACCUCGAUCCGUGCAGGAAAAAUCUUUCUCUGGACCAUAAUAUGGAGCCACUCCUGUGGUCUCCAAAUGUUUGCGUCGUCAACUCAAAGCUGACAAAGGUACAUGAUUCACCAAAACCGAAUAUUCUUCUGAUGGUUUUCCCAAACGGUACUGUAUGGCUGAAUUACAGAGUCCGUUCUGAGGCACCAUGUCGAAUGGAUCUGCGGAAGUUUCCUUUGGAUAGUAUAAAAUGCACUUUGCUACUGGAAAGUUACUCCUACAACUCUGCUGAAGUUUCACUACGAUGGCUUGAAUGGUCACCAGUGAGCUCUGUGAAAAACAACUUUAAUCUGCCGGAUUUCAGGAUGUCCAACAUGACGUACAAUACGAUGACAGAGACAUAUACUGCUGGUCUGUGGCACCGUCUGGGAGUAUCGAUCCAGUUCGAGAGGCUCUACGGCUUCUACAUUCUACAGAUGUACCUACCGACUUACGUGUCGGUAUUCAUAUCGUGGAUUGCGUUCUGGAUGGACACUCGGGCCCUUCCGGCCAGAAUCACUCUGUCGGUCUCGUCUCUUAUGGCGCUCACGUUUCAAUUCGGCAACAUAGUUAAAUCGCUUCCCAAGGCGUCAUACGUGAAAGCGAUCGACAUUUGGAUGUUCAGUUGUGUUGGAUUCAUAUUUUGCUCACUGAUUGAAUUAGCUAUCGUCGCUUACAACGAUAAGAUGGGCGAUCAGCGUCUACGCAGCACUAGCAUUCCAAUUUCUACUUCAAACGGAAGUUGCUCUGCCUUACGAAAAAGCAUCGCUGAAAUUACGCUGCGUCAAUCGAAAGGAAACGAACUAGGAGCGGCCAUCGACAAAACAGCCAGUAUCGCUUUUCCUGUGGUACGCUAUUUUUGGCUUACUAAUCUAAAAAAACCCUAG